AUGAAACCUGAGAUGGCCAGCACCUCAGCCCCCAUGACAAAGGGUGAGGUUUCUGGAGAGGCUAAGGUCAGGAUUGCAGAGGAGAUCAAGACUGAAGAGAUGUUUGAUGCAACUUUGGGCAACCGGAAGGGAGAUUCCAAGUCAUCGAGCCCUUUGGGACUAAAAGCUAGUAGUCCUGGUGAUAUGCACCACAUGAUCAAUGUAUCGCAAAAUGCCAUGCAAGGCCACAAACAUAGAGAUACACCCAACGUUUGGAGUGGGCCUGCAUUUGCUGCGGAUCAGGUUGCUCCGAAUAGUUUCUUGGGGAGAGCUUUGAAAAAGUCCAUUAGCAGUGCAGAACCAAUUAACACACCUGCUGAUGAACCUGGUGACUCCGAUUCAUCGUCUUCUUCAUCAUCUUCCUCGGAUGAUGAGUCAGGCUCUGGGAAUGAGUGUCAUAAGAGGAAGCAUCACAAGAAGAAGAAAUUGACACUGUCAUUCACGUUCUCACUCUUGAGACCAUACUCCAUGGGAGAAACCAAUCCCCCCAUGUACGUAUAA